AUGGAAGUCCCCCCUGUGGAAGACUCUAUGGAGAUGGCCUCGCCCUACCAGGGGCAGGUUGACGAUUUUGAUAUCGACAUCGACUUCAUGGAGGAUCAUGAUCAUACCUCCAAUAUGGACAGCGAUAUGAUGGGCGCGGAAGAGUUUGCCAACGCAUCUCAGCCUACCGAGUUCAACGAGGCCAUACACGAUGCCGACAUGGCUGAUGAGCUCUCUGAGGGGUCGAUGAUCGAUGCUCACCUCGUCGACCAAGAUAACGACAUCGAUGUGAAUUUUACAGAAGAGACAUACGAAGCUGAGAUGAUUGAAGACGAUCAACUCCAAGAUGUUGGUAUUCCAGUUCCCACUAUCCAACUAGAAAGCACGACCACCGAAGAUACGAGCAAGCCCAUCGAGGUAAAUGAGACAGUCUCAGUCAUGGUCGAACAACCCACCCUGCAAGUACAGGGAACUCCUAGCGUUCCCACCGAACUUCAACAAGAUCAAAUUGAGUCUCAAGUAUCCGAGACCCAGCCCCCUAACACCGAGAUCGCUCCCGCCACGGAGGAGGAUACCCUUGUCCAGAACCCGACCGAAAACGGCACCGAUACUGAAAACACUGAAAACCACGAACAAGUUGAUCUUGGUCUGAAGGUGAAAGAGACAGAAAACCAUUCUCUCUUGGCCACAGAUGAGAACCCUGAGGCAACGGAAAGCCUGGAGACUAGUCAAGUCCAGACUUCCUUCGAAGAGACCCAGGCUGCUCCCCCUGAAGACCCUCAGGCUAAUACCUCUGCGUUCGAGCAUGCAGAGCCACAACCUUCACAUGAGGAAGAGGCUCACGCUGAGAAUGGAAAUGAAUCCCUCCAUCCUGUGAAAAUCUAUUAUCAAGACAAUGAGAUCGCUCUCUUCCCACCUCUUGAGGGUGACUCAGCAGAGACAUUCUUCCUUCAUGAUGAAGAUGUGGCGUAUGAAAACGUUGGUGAAUUGUUCAAGGCUCUGCGCCAGGUGCUCCAGGGUAAUGUGGCGGAUAAUGAGGUCCUUGUUAUUGAUAUCGAUGUGCUUGGUAUUCAAAUGACAGAGGACUCUUUCCACGCAUCCCAAGUUACUUUGCACCAGGUCGUUGAUCUCUACCUUCGACUUUGCCACAACGAUGGCACCACAGAUGCUGAAGCUCUCUAUCUAACACUAAGCAGCAAGCGCGCGUUCCCAGCUGAAAUUGCUGAUCUCCUUGACGCUGCCAAUGAUGGCAAGGGACUCUCAGGAAUCCACCCAUGGGCUGAAUUUGAUGAACUUGAGCCCGGCUCUGAAGAUGAUGUUGGAAUCCAUGAGACCGAGCAACAUGAGGGUGGGUCUUCCAGCCAAGAAGCUCAGCCAGAACAAUCAGACCAUGUCACUCAGCUUGCUUCAUCUGGUGAAGAGCAGGCCGCUCCAGUUGACGAGAGCCCGCCUAAGGAAGCUCGUCCGGGUGAUGCCCAAAUAAAGGACUUGCCGCAGGAGGAUAUUGCAUCCGCCGCUGUCCAAGAACAGACCCGGGCUGCACCAGAGUAUGACGCUCUUCAAGGUCAGCCUAAAGGCAGAGAAAAUGAUCAGUCUGGAUUCGAACACUUUGAAGGCGAACAUGUCCAAGAAGAUAGUCUCCACGAUGAUGAUCAAGGUGAAAAUUACGAUAACGAGAACGAAGGUCACUACGAUUCCGAAGGCCAACAGAGCGAAUCUACGGCCACUGUGGCCCCGCUAUCUGGUGAGGCUGAGAUCACAGAGCAGAUCGAAGAUGUCUCGACAGAUGCUGCGGAAGCUAAAUAUGACCAAAAUGAAGAUGAAAAUGGUGGCUUCGAUGCCGAAUACUACAACGACGAAGACAAUGGUUUCGGUGAUCAAGGGAACUUCCAGGAUGAAUUUACCGGCGAGGAUAAUGACAGUGGUGCUCAAGCUCCUGCCGAUCAUGCACCCGGGCCUGAUGGAGACGAAGAUGAAUUAGAUGCCGCCCCCACGGAUGAAGUCGUAUCGGCAGAUGCCUUCAACACUGAAGGCGAUCAGACUUUCAAUGAACAAGUUGAGCCUACCUCGAAUGGUGCACCACAAGAAGCAUCUGGCAAGGAGCAAACCCCUGAUCAUUCAAAUGAUUUGCUUGAGAUAGCUCCAGAUGUGUUGCAAUCCCCCGCGAAAGACACCGAGCACGAACUUGAUCACAUUGAGGGCGUAGUCUCCGGCGAGCCCGAGCACAAAUUCGCUCACGAUGAAGGUGCCGAUGAGCAACAUUUCGAGGAUAACUUUGGCGAAUACGCCCCCAAGGUGGACGAAUCCGAGGCAGUCGUGCUGGCUGAGGCAGACACUUCAGUCGCAGAUGCUGAACCCAGCGCGAUCCUGUCUUCCAAACGGUCUCGCGAAGACGACGACGACGAUGAAUGGGAUCUGGUGGAAACCACUGUUGACACCAAGCGCCGCCGCUCGUCGUAG